CAUAGAUAAAGUGUAAUCCCCUUCCUUUCUUUCUUUCAUUAUACUUAUCUUUUUCUUCUUCUUCUUCUCUUUGUUUCUCUUUAAUAUUUUAAUUUUAUUUUUCAAGUAAAACAAGAGAAGAGAGAGAGAGAAAAAAAGAUCUCAGUCAUUAUCACUUUGAAGGGAUUCACUUACUGACCACAAAAAGAUUAGCAGAAUAAGGCUUAAUCACACUACACAAAGUCUUCUUUGUUCUAUAUUUUCAGCAGGAAUUGGAGGUAGGCAGGAGUGAAAUGAAAUGAGGGAUGUUAUCAAGGCUGAUAAAUUUCCUGAGGGCCUGUUGGCGGCCAUCGUCGGACCAUUCUGUACAUGCUGGUUCGGAUUCAGCUGGACGACAAGAUGGACUUUUUUGGUAUAAGGAUAGUGGUCAACACUUGAUUGGUGAGUUCUCAAUGGCAGUUGUACAGGCCAAUAAUUUGCUGGAGGAUCAAAGCCAGAUCGAGUCGGGUCCUUUGAGCUUGCUUGAUUCGGGCCCUUACGGAACCUUUGCUGGGAUAUACGAUGGUCAUGGUGGACCUGAGACAUCACGGUAUAUCAAUGACCACCUCUUUCAGCAUCUCAAGAGGUUUGCAGCCGAACAAAAUUCUAUGUCUGAAGAUGUGAUACGGAAAGCAUUUCAAGCUACAGAAGACGGAUUCUUUUCUGUGGUUGCAAAGCAAUGGCCAAUGAAACCGCAGAUGGCUGCUGUAGGAUCUUGCUGUCUGGUAGCGGUUAUCUGCAAUGGUACCCUUUAUGUUGCUAACCUUGGUGAUUCCCGAGCUGUUUUGGGAAGACUUGUGAAGGCUACGGGGGAGGUUAUUGCCAUCCAGCUUUCAGCUGAGCAUAAUGCAAGUUUUGAAUCUGUCAGACAGGAGUUGCAUGCAAUGCAUCCGGAUGACCCGCAGAUAGUGGUAUUGAAGCAUAACGUAUGGCGUGUAAAGGGUCUGAUUCAGAUUUCGAGAUCUAUUGGUGAUAUAUACCUUAAAAAGCCUGAAUACAAUAGGGAGCCUUUGUACGCGAAGUUUCGGUUGCGUGAACCUUUUAAAAGGCCCAUAUUGAGCUCUGAUCCAUCAAUGACUGCUCAAGAACUCGAACCGCAUGAUCAAUUUCUCAUAUUAGCUUCUGAUGGUCUCUGGGAACAUCUUAGCAAUCAAGAAGCAGUUGAUUUAGUACAAAAUAGCCCCCGAAGCGGAAGUGCUCGGAGGCUUGUAAAAACUGCAUUACAAGAAGCAGCAAAGAAAAGGGAGAUGCGGUAUUCUGAUCUAAAGAAGAUCGAUCGUGGUGUUAGGAGGCAUUUUCACGACGAUAUCUCAGUCAUAGUUGUGUUUCUAGAUUCAGAUCUUGUAAGUAGGGCGAGCUCGUUGAGGGGCCCCACUUUAUCUCUGAGAGGAGGUGGUAUGAAUUUUGCAGCAAAAAGUUUGGCUCCCUGUGCCGCCACUCCCAUAUAAAUCGGUACCACUUAAAACUUUUUACUCUGUUGUAUCUCAAAAAACUACCUUGUGAGAGACUCAAAAAACGAUAGAAGGUGCACUAAUUUAUUCUUUUGAUGUACGAUGUUAUUAUAUUUAACUUUGGAACAGGUGCCUUGUUUAGUUUUCAAGCAGCAAAGAAGAACGAAAGAAUUUACUGUAGAGAUUCUUUCUCGAGUAUGAACGUGUCAUGCUUUGGUUCAUAUUCCUCGCUUACUUGCACCCUUUGAUUUUUUUAGUUUCAUCUUGUAAAUGGUGUAAAACUGAAGCUCCACAAAUGAAGAUUUAUUCCACUGUCUAUAACUCUAUUUAUUUUCUUUCCAUUUCCUCGUAUCGUAGUUUCAUUGUACUUGGUGUCAUCAUCGAUACCUCAGAAUCAGAAAGACAGUAGUAACAGUGGAUGUUAUGUACUUGUUGGCUAUCAAAGCAUUUUGUCCUAUAGCAAGUAUUUUGCUUGUUUUUGGA